UCCCUAUUCGAUCUGCUCCGAAGAGCCGGCGUCGACGUCGACAAUUACGCCUUCACCGCCGUCCUUAAAGCCGUCGCCGCGUUUCCACGCCCCAAGGAGGGCGAAAAUAUUCAUUCUUUGAGCCUGAAACUUGGGUUCGAAAGUGAAAACUUCGUUCUCAACUCCCUCAUCCAUAUGUACUCUGUCUGCGGCUUCCAUGUCGCUGCAAGGAGGGUCUUUGAUUUGGCCGAGGAUUCCGCCCGUGACGUGGUGUCCUGGAGUAGUAUGAUAUCGGGGUAUUUGCAGGUCGGUUUGUGCCAAGAAGCGUUGUUGGUCUUUGGGAAUAUGGUCCGUAGAUCAAUCACGAUGGAUGCAAUCACUCCAGUGAGUGCGUUGAUUGCUUGUGGGAGGAUCGGAGCGAUCGAGCCUGGAAGAAGGAUCCAUGCCCUGGUUGUCAUCUAUGGUUUCGAUCUGAACUGUUUUUUGGGCUCUUCUCUGAUUAAUAUGUAUGCAGGGUGUGGCUAUAUUGAGGAUGCUCGCAAGUUGUUCGAUCGAAUUCCUGAAAGGAAUGUUGUCUGCUGGACAUCGAUGAUUUCUGGGUACACCCAAUCGGGUCAGUUCAGGGAGUCCAUCGAGCUGUUCAGAGAGAUGCAGAUGGCUGGAGUUAGAGCUGAAGAUCCCACCGUAGCUUCUGUUGUGUCAUCUUGUGCACAGCUGGGCGCGCAUGCACAAGGAAGGAAUAUCCACAAGUAUUGUGAUGUGAACAAUAUAGGAAAACUCCUAUCCGUGAAGAAUGCUCUAAUUGAUAUGUACUCAAAGUGUGGGGACGUUCAGAGAGCUUUCGAGGUUUUCCAAGGACUUGCCCAGAAGGAUGUAAUUUCAUGGACUGUGAUGAUAUCUGGUCUGGCAUUGAAUGGAUAUCCAAAGGAGGCAUUGGAUUUGUUCUCGGAAAUGGAAUUAUCAGAUGAGGCCAUGCCAAAUGAGAUUACAUUCCUCGGGGUUUUAACUGCUUGUAGUCAUGGAGGGUUUGUCGACAAAGGGUACCACUACUUCAACAAAAUGGUACAUCACUACGGACUCAUGCCUCAAAUAGAGCACUAUGGAUGUAUGGUUGAUCUUCUUGGUCGUGCAAAUCUUCUGGAAGAGGCAAAAAAGUUCAUCAAGGAAAUGCCAAUUAAACCUGAUGUGGUCAUUUGGCGAUCGCUGCUUUUCGCUUGUCGAGGUAAGGAGAAUGUCAAGCUAGCAGAAUAUGCAGCAGAAAGAAUUCUGGAAUUGGAGCCAAGGAGGUGUGCGGGGCAUGUUUUGCUGUCAAAUAUAUAUGCUGUUUCAUCAAGGUGGAGUGAUGUGAACAAGGUCAGAGGAGUUAUGCGCAAUUGGAGCAUACAUAAGAUACCAGGGUGCUCUUUCAUUGAAUUGAAUGGAAUAGUGCAUGAGUUCUUAGCUACAGACAGAUCACACCAUCAGUCAGAUAUGAUAUAUGAGUUUCUUUGGGUGAUCCAUGGACACCUAUUUUCGGAAUCAUACGAUGAGUCCUGUCUUUCAACAUGGGAGGGACCAUGAAUCAAACUUGACGAAAAGUACAAGGUUGUGAAUCAUGAUCUCACCUUUAUUAGGAGCUAGGCAUUUUUUGAUUAAUCAGGAAACAAAGGAACCUUCUUCUUUUGUUUCAGUGGUUAGGCACUAGGCACAUCCGGCGAAGAGGCAGCCCCCUCUGCCGCUGCCGCUUGAGGAGAUAGAAGAUCACAGUCCUAGAGAGUAGGAAGAGGGAGGAUGCCAAGGUGAUGCAAAGCUAAGGGAGCAAGAGAAGCCCAGCAGUGGAUCAUCAUAAGUUUCACAGAACUCGGAACGGCUGCCUGGUCUAUUACUUUGCUUCGCUUGCCUGUUGUAUUUCAAGUAAUGUGAGCCAUGAGCGACAUACAUUUCUAACAAAUCAAGGAGUUCCAUUGUCUGAUAACAAUUGCGAAGGAUGAUAACCACAGUACCUGUGCACAGGUCGAGGACUUCCAUUUUGACUGAUGCUUCAAUUGUGUGUGUGUGUGUGUCAACUAUCAAAGAAGAGAACUGUUCUAGUUUCUUGACAUUGUUUAGUUUAAGAGCAUGUACAUUGAAGAAGCAUGUUGGGUUUAACAUGUACAACUGAUGCAAUACACAGACCUCCCCAUAUCUGUCUUUAUUUCCUGCAAAUUAAGAAUAACUUCUUGUUACAUGUCA